UUUUUCUCUCUUUUUUCUUAAUGGACAACGCUGUACAUAAUAAACGUCGAGCGAGUGAAUCAGAAGCCACUGAAGCUUUGGCUCUCAUCAGUGGUGGUCACUUUAUGAGAGUUCCUCCUCCUUUACCUUAUUUGCCUAGUGAUUAUCAACCUCGUCCUGAUAGUCCAAGAAGGAACGUGCUGAUUAGGAAUAGAUUGCCAUCGUCUGGACAACUUCUUGCUAUUGAACCUAACCGAGAAAGUAACUCAAGUGAUCACUUUGAGUUAAUUCCAUAUCGUGAUUGGACUGUCAUUUCACAAAAUAGCGCCAAGGGACAAGUGGUACUGUAUAAUAGGGAUAGUCAAUCAGUCAUAGUGCGAAGAUCUUCACCUGAUACCACACUUGGUAACCAAACAUCAACAAGUACAACAGGUAAUGGAUCUUCAACUAUGCCAGUUUCGGACGAGGAAGAGAAAUGCCCUUAUUGUCACCGUACUAUUCCCAGGAAUGAUAAUGAACCUGAUUAUAUGGAUCAAAACUACUUUCGAUUACUGGCCUCAUCUACCAAUGUGUCUGCUGACAAUUCGCCUGUUCAGUCAAGGUCAAGUACAUUUAGCCCAGAACCACCAAGGAUCAAUCCACCUAUCAAUUUGAAUGAAAAUGCGUUUAAUCAGGGCUAUUAUUCAAAGUUCUUUGUUGAAUUGAAAAGACUUGGUAAAGGAUUUCGAGGAAGUGUAUUUUUGUGUGAGCAUGUCCUAGAUGGUGUCAAAUUGGGUAAAUAUGCAGUGAAAAAGGUGGCUAUUGGAAACAACCAUCCUUGGCUCGUACAGAUGCUUCGGGAGGUGCAUUUAUUGGAAAGACUGAGACACGCGAAUAUUGUGACAUAUAAGCAUUCAUGGCUUGAGUAUUAUCAACUAACUCCGUUUGGCCCUGAAGUACCGUGCUUGUUUAUUUUGAUGGAGUGUGCUAAUGGAGGAAACCUAGAGGAAUACUUUGAGCCCCUGAUCACACCUAUACCUGCGUCUUCAAAACAGGGGCGCAAAGAGACUAAAAGAGAAAGAAUAAAGAGACAGCUUAGGCAGCAGGAGAUGUUUGAGCAUGAGAAUGAGGCCUCUGUAGAAAAACGCUUGCUGACGUUGACAGAAAUUUGGUCGCUCUUUCUGGAUAUUGUGCAAGGUCUUGCUCACUUGCAUCAGCAGAAUAUUGUUCACAGGGAUCUAAAGCCUCCUAAUCUGUUACUUCAAUAUGAUCAACGAGAUAGAAAUGGACAUCAUGGCAUUCCACGCGUACUGAUCUCUGAUUUCGGAGAGUGUGAAGAUCUAGAGGGUGAGUUGUCUGUGAAUAAUCGAACGGGAGCAACGGGCACAUUGGAGUUUAUGGCGCCCGAGCAUGUUCAGCUUGAUCCUAGAGGAAGGCAUAUGGUCGACUAUUCACCAAAGGCAGAUAUGUGGUCUCUUGGCAUGGUCCUGUAUUACCUGUGCUAUUCUCGAUUGCCUUAUAGCAACAUUGAUGAUAUAGACAUAUUAAGACAAGAGAUACUGUCCUUUAAAGAAGUGAUCUUUCCAAAAUCAAGGCUAGAUAUCUACAAGGACAAAGAAAAUAACCCCUUAUAUCUAGAUGCAAUGAAUAAUCCAGAGAUUGAUUCUGAUAUACCAAAUGAGUUGAAGUUGCUGAUACGACUCCUUUUAUCUGUAGAUCCUGCAAAACGACCAUCAUGUAAUGAGAUAUUGAUCAAGAUUAGAGAGAGAACAAACGCUUUCAGCUGGAGCGUACCUGAAUCUCCAUCCACUGACGGCACAGAUCCUAAUGGAAUCAUUGUGGAAGAUCAUGGAGAUCUGAAACGCUCUGGUGCGAGCGAAGAUAAUGACACAAGUCGAAAGCGACAUAAGAAAAAUGAUCAAGAUGUUGCAAUGGCAACUGCUGAUGAAAAUCUCGAUUUACCAGUCGGUUUAUUAUUAAAUUCACCAAACUCUGAACCCCAAAGGUGGAUGCUUAUGGAUAAGCAGUACGUAAAGAUACUAAAGACCGCCGUGGCGGUAUUAAAGAUUGCUUCAUGCACUUAUUCUUGCUCUCCAUACUCUACACGACCUGUUGUGUUAUAUCCCAUCAUAUUCCUUGCUACGCUUGAUUUUUGGCAUGAGUCCAACUCACCCAGCUUAGUCUUGUUUAUAUUACAUGUCAUAUGGAUCAUACUUGUGACAAUUUUCACUACUCACGGCCUUUGUCAAGCCUAAAACAAUAAAGAUGUGAUAUGGAUCACUUUCUUAAAAUUAGCAACAGUUAUGUACUAUCUGUUAUAUUUAUGCCUGGCUAAAUGAACCUGAUUAAGCGCCCAGAAGAAAGGCAUAU